AGGCGGGUCCGUGACACAGGAGAAGCGUGACGCUCCCUAACAAGCAGAAUAAAGAAUAACCUGUGGGCGCUCAGACACCUGCUACACCUGAUGCGUUUACUGAGGACAUCGUCUGGUUCAAGAUAGUGACCGGCUCUUUUACUGAGAGAAUUGGAUAACUGGGACAGAUACUGUUUUCCUCCUUAUAUUUUCUGGUGGUCCAGCAAGAAAACGGAAUGGGGCUGAAAGCUCGGUGGAUGCAGAGUUCCCUAAGGAGCUUGGUGUGCCAGGGUGUCAUUGCGUGCUUGCUGCUCUCAGCAGAACCUGGGGUUUCAGGACCAUCAUGCCUUGAGAAUUACAAAUUGUAAAAAAAAAUAUCUCUACAUCUCAUGAAUUUAUGCUAUCUACAUCACGUAAAAAAGGCCUAUGUGAACCUACUAAAAAUAAUACAACAUAUACUGAAACCGGUCCAACCACAGAUGACUCUAUAUAUACUACUCUUUCCCAAAUGUCCAUUGCAUCAACUGUUGCAACAUCCAUUGUCGCAUACUCCACUGAAAUGGCUACGUCACUUACAUCAGAAGAGCACUCUACAAGUAAACCAGUAGUUACCACCACACCUACAAGCAAUACAACUCUUUUAUUAGCCAAUUCUACUGUCAAAGAAACUACAUUAUCAGAAACUACUUCAGCAGAUACAUCUACAAAUUCAACAGGGAAAACAGACCUUUCAGUGCCAAUGUUAAGUACAACAUCGCCAAUGACGCCAAGUGCUGCACCAAACAUCACAGACACAGCCCCAAGUACAAAUCUCUCUACGGUAUCUUCUUCCAAUUCAACAGAUAAUGUAACUGGAAGUGAACUGACAUCAGCCCCUACAGCAUCAGACUUAAAUCCAUCAACAAUGGAUGUUACCUCUUCUAUUACAGAGGUAACUAAAGUAACCCAAAAUCCAUCUGAAACCAGUAGUACUGUUGAUACUAAAGAGACAACUAUACAUCAAAUAGCUAGUGAAGCAACAAAAUCACCAUUCACUAUAAGCACAAGCCAAAAGUCAACAUCCAAGAAAGUUACUGCUACAAGUGAGGCAACUACUGAUGUUGGCAUCGGAGAACCAAGAGCUUUGAGUUCAGGAAGUGUUGCUGCCAUCACAAUAAUUGUAAUUUUAGUAGUAUUAAUGGUGUUUGGAGGAGCAGCCUUCUGGAAAAUCAGGCAUUCAUCUUAUGGAAGACUACUAGAAGAUCAAGAUUAUGGCUCCUUGGGAAACUACAACAAUCCCCUUUAUGAUGACUCUUGAAAUCAUGGAUACUGCCCAUAUCUACCACAUGUUGUUUGUAUUGUUUUUCUGAACAAAAAAAAAACAGCUUUGAUUGUUUUCCCUUUACGUUUUCAUACCGGUAAAAUGCCUUCUUUGCUUAAUACCUUCUGUGCAGUGAACAAGGCAAACAAGUAUUAAUUGCAAUUACACACAGCAAUUCUAUAAUAAAGGAGGAGCUUAUUAUAACUGCAAAGUACUCGUCCAAAAAAUCCCAGGUUUCUAAUUCGGAUUGUGUUAUAUAUGUAUGCAAAUCAAAUUCAAUUUCUAUUUAUUGAAAUAAUUAUUACAAAAUGUAUAGUCUACAGAUCAAUCACCGACAAAAGCAUUGUAUUUAUAAAUGUGUUUUUUAAGGUCUUCAGAUGCAAGAGACAUGAUUUUUGCACUAGAAUGCACACAAUACUUAUGUAUAUGUGUUUCCAAAAAGUUGUACAGCCAAACAGAUCCAGUAUGUCUAACAGGAAGCCUAAGGACCACAUGUGGCCCUUCAAGAAUUUUUUAUGAUUCCAGCCUUUUUAAAAGGCCUCUCUGGCUCACAGUUGGGGUGGCUCACAGAUGGGAUGUAUUAAUCCCCUUAAAUGAAAGGAAUUGGACAUCACUGGUAGAUGAUAUAAAGUUCUCUGACGUAAGGCAAACCACAAUUUUAUUCUUUGUACGACGAAAGAUCAUUAAUUUCAAUGUAACAAUCUACAAUUAACCAUUCAGAUUAAAUUAUGUAAGUAGGAAAAAUAAAUCAGACUAGGAUCUGGCCUUUCAUUGACAGACAGCAAUCAUACAAAAGUCAAAGAAAUACUGUAGUAAUAAUAGUCACCCAUGGAUAUCGUCAGAUAGGAAAUACAUGCAAAGAUAUUAUCUUCUGACCUGUCCAACAAAACUACGUAUCUCUGUGGUAUGAAAAAUAUCAGAACGAUUAUUCUGAGCUCACAGAGGAUCCAAAAAUUUUAUAAAACUUUGUUGCGUCUAUGGCCAGCUUUACAGCUAUUUUAUUUUAUAAAUUACAUAUGGGUUAAAAUUAAUGAGUUAAUGUUCUUUAUAAAAGAAGAUUAGAUGCCCAUAGUAUUCAUGAUGAUAAAACUGUAAACGACUCUUCCUACUGGGUAAGUAUUAAUAUUCCUCUUGAGCAAUACUUGAUAAAGCAGCGUAUUUAUCAUCCUAUAACUCCCUCAGUUCAAGAGUUUUACCCCAUACCUUUUGUUCUGGUGAAGAAAACUGUGGGAUAUUUUUACAGUAUUUAGACCCAGAUUUAAUUCAGUGGAAAAAACUGUUCUAAUUGAAUUCCAGUUUUUCCUGUACAUCAGCAAAGUAUCUAAAAUCUUGUUUUCCUCUUGGCAUAUUGGUACCUUAUGCCUAACCUAUCAAGGACCAUGGCCUUUCUCUUUUUAUAAUGUUGUUUUUCAUGUCAUACUACAACAAAGUUCAUUUUUGUGAGUGUAUGUGUGAAUGGUACCCCCUCUCCCCAAUGGAAUUAAUACUAAGUUAAAAGAACAAAAAAAACAAUAUCGUAUUUUUGUGCAGUUUCCCCAUAUAACUGCCAGAAUUAUGAUUUGAACAAUACAACACCAUGUAAGAUGAUAGUUCUUGAUAAAAUUCUAACUGCAUCCAAGGAUAUUGUUUAAAUAGAUUUGCCCUGAAAGCUAGGAAGAAGAGAAAGCAGCAACGGAAUGCAUGGAGCUAGGAAAUUAUUAAUGCAAAUAGUGGUGAGAACAAUUUUCCUGUGUCAUUUUUUACCGAUUUAGUUUAUGAAGUUUCUGAUAAAAUUAUUUCUUUGGGUGCUAGAUAACUGGUAAAACAGAGACAGAUCUGGGACUAAUGUUCCCUUGUCUGUGGCUAUUUUUAUAACCUAAUAAAGAAAUAUAGUUGACAAAGACAAAUUAACAAUGUACUGCAUUGGCAACCUUCCCAAAGUCUUAGCAUAAUAGAGGGUUUGCUAGUAUCAAUGACUACAAAAAACUUGAGUAUCCAAGCAUGUUUCUUUCAAGCCCAACCAAAGAAUCCCAGUUCAUUAAAAAAGUGAUUUAUUGUAUACCUUUAUCCAUACUGGUACUACUUGUGUUGUUCUAUGCAUAUCUUGAUUACUUAUUUUGUUUUGCCAUUUAUUGCAACCAUCUGCAGACUUUGCACAUUGUAAAUAUUUCAAGCAAAGAUGAUGUACAGUAUAUACAUCCAGCAGUUUUUAAAAUAAGUUAAUAUGUAGUUGUUCCUUGUACAUUGGACCAUACCUUACAUUAAGGUUUUAUUUUAAGUGCAAGGAUGAUCUGCAUCAGUGCCUCCCUCAUAUUUUCUGAGCAAAGAACAUUGCGCUUACCUUUUGGAAGACAAAAACAAACUUGGGUCUGUAGACACCAUGUAUGUGUUUGUGGUUCACUAGUCAGGGCCAAAACUAUAUUACCAUAUAAUUCAAUGUUAACCAUUGGAGCAUUAUUAGGUUUUUAAUCAUCAGUUGCACUUGUCUACCCAUCAGUGACCAAUAAAUAUAUUUUCCAGCUACGCUUAUAUUUUUCCCCAACUAUAGAGAUGAAUUUGAAAGCUAUGUUCAAAGCAUAUGCCAACGGAAAUACAUUUUAUUCUAUAAAACACUUGUUUAUAAUGGCACAAGCUCAGGUUUGGAAAAAAAAUGUUUAGUCCAGCUCAUGAAUAAUGAAUAUUUAAAACUUUAAGACUGAAACCAGUUGAUAUGUUUAAUAAUUGAAGCAAAUAAACCAUUAGUGCUUUUGAUGUGAA